UUAGUUCUUCGAUAAUGGCUUCAAAAACUGCUCCAUUGCUUCUUGCUCGAAUUUUCCUCGUCGGCAUUGUGCUUGCCAUUGCCAUGCAAGCAGCUGCAACACGUGACAUAGGACGAAUGAUGAUGCCACCUAUUCUUGAACCCCAAAACACGUUUUGCGGAGCUUUUGGUGGCUCGAACGGCGGAUCCGGCUAUAUUCCAGGCGCAGAUGACACGUUUGUUCCGAACCCUGGUUUUGAGGUGCCGAUUCCCGGCAACGGUGCUGGCACUGCAACUGCAGCAACACGCGCACAUCCUUGAACGUGCUCUGCUAUAUGUGAAGCUUCUAAAUCAAUUAGUGAAUAAAGGGAAGCAAUAAUCUAGACGCAAGUGUUUUAGUUUUCUUACU